CAUUUAUUCAUUUAUACUAUUGAUAAAAACGUGCGCAAUUCAUCAGAACACGAGAAACUUUCGACAAUUGAGCAACAAAUUUAAAUAAUUAAAUUUAAAUAAACAAAAAAUGGGUCUCUUUGGUUUAUUCAAAAGUAUUUACAAUGAUCCGUUUAAAUGGUCAUUGGUUAAAAGCAUUGCGAUGUUCGCUUUUGGUGUUUCCCUGGCCCUGGAGAGCCAAGGAGUCGAUUUAAUGGCACCCCCGCCAGUAAUAAAUGUCUAGUUGAAUAAAAUAAACAAUUUUCUAAUUAAAAAUACCUCAUUAUGUUUUUCUAAUUAUUAUAAUUAAUGAUAAUUGUAAUUUUAAGUUAACAAUUACAGUAAUAAUUUAAAUUUCCGCCAAAAAAAUGAUUUUUAUUUUUCCCCGCGAAAAAUUUAUAAUUUAAAAUUGAAUAAAUUUAAAUUAUCAUGAAUUACUGAGUACUUGUCAUUUAAAAUUUAAAAAACUCCUGAUUAUUCGAAUUCCAAGAAUUUAAACAACUGAAUUUUUUUCUCCACGCCACCUUGAAGAAUCAUAACCUCAAAAAAAAUACUAGAGUAAGUCUGUGAAAAAAAUGUAAAAUAAUAAAAAGUCACAAUGAUAUCAACGCAUUUAAUGCGCAAGCAUCAUCAUCAUUAUCAUUAUCACCGCAAUAUUUUGUUAUCAAUCGUAGUAAUAGUGAUCUGUGUGAUAACUCUGACAAUUGGAUACCAUUUACUCGGAUACGUAAACACGAAAAAAGAAAUAAUUUACUCGCCAGUGAGAAUUGAUCUGGACACUUUGUCAUCACUACCGCAGGUAUCGAUACCCAGGACACCAGCAUCUCCAACAAAUAUUUCCUGCACGCACUUCACCUGCUUCAAUGUCUACCGCUGCGGUCAGCAGGGCAGCAAAUUGCUGGUCUACGUCUACCCGAUCAAAAGUUACGUCGACGAAGACGGGGCGGUGAUAAAUGGUCAGCUGUCACGGGAAUUCAUCCAGAUCCUGGAUGCCGUAACACGCAGUAAGUUUUACACCCCAGAUCCUCACCAGGCUUGCCUGUUUGUCCCGUCAAUAGACACUUUGAAUCAGAACAAAUUAAAUGUCCGGGCUGUUGGCAGAGCGCUCAGUGCCCUGGAGUUUUGGAACAAUGGCGAGAAUCAUUUGAUAUUUAAUUUAAUAUCCGGUGUCUUUCCUGAUUACAACACCAGCAUUGAUGUUGAUAUUGGGAGAGCGAUGCUGGUUGCUGCUGGUUUUUCAUCAUCAACUUAUCGCAGUGGGUUUGAUUUAAGUAUCCCAGUGUUUGCAUCUAGACCAGCAGGUCAUGGUCCAGGUUUAGGUCCAGGUCUGGAAUCAAAUCCCAAGUUACCAAAACUGGAUCCCCGAGCUGACUUUGUUGGGUCGACAGACGAAUCUGAAGUAAAUAAAAUAAAAAUAAUAUCCGGUCAAAUAAAUCUGAACAUCGCAUUUGAGCAGGACCUUCAGGACAUAAAUAUAAAUAAUGAGAUAUUGAUAUUGCACCCGUGUGUUAAUCACAACCCGAUGAGCGAUUCGAUGCGCUGUGAUAACAACGGAAAGGUCUACAAGUAUCCAGAUGUCCUGGGAACUGGGACCUUCUGCUUGGUGAUACGCGGCGCGAGAUUGGGCCAAAGUAUUUUCCUGGAAUCACUGGCUGCUGGCUGCAUACCCGUCGUGGUGUCCGAUUCCGUUGUCAUGCCGUUCAGUGACAUCAUCGACUGGAGACGUGCUGUUGUAUUUAUCCGCGAAGUAGACAUUCUGUCGCUGAUAUCAACUCUGAAAAAUAUUUCUGCGACCAGGAUUGAGGAGUUACGGGACCAUGGCCAGUGGCUGUGGUCCAGGUACUUUAAGUCAGUGGACCUGAUAGUAAACACGGCCCUGGAGGUGAUGAACGACCGGAUAUUUCCUCAGCUUAUGCGAGACUACAAUAGUUGGAACUCCAGGUCUAAUUAUUCCCCGCUAUUUUUGCCAGUGACGGCACCGAAAACCCACGGGUUCACUGCUGUCAUCUUGACGUACGACCGCGUCGAGUUGUUGUUUUCUUUGAUCACAAAAAUAACUCAGGUUCCUAGUCUGUCCAAGAUCCUGGUGAUCUGGAAUAAUGUGAAAAAAGAUCCUCCAGCAUCGUCGCGGUGGCCGAAAGUCAACAAGUCGCUCCAAGUUAUUCGGACAAAAGAAAAUAAAUUGUCUAAUAGAUUUUAUCCGUACGAUGAAAUAGAAACGGAAGCUGUCCUGUCAAUAGACGAUGACAUAAUCAUGCUAACUGCUGAUGAACUGGAGUUCGCUUAUGAAGUAUGGCGGGAAUUUCCUGAUAGAAUCGUUGGGUUUCCAUCUAGAACCCACACUUGGGACAACGAGACCCAGUGCUGGCGGUACGAAAGCGAGUGGACGAAUGUCAUAUCGAUGGUACUGACUGGAGCAGCAUUUCAUCAUAAAUAUUGGAUGUAUUUGUACACGACGUCGAUGCCUGGUGACAUAAAGUGGUGGGUCGACUCUCAUAUGAACUGCGAGGACAUUGCGAUGAAUUUCCUGAUCGCUAACACGACGGGCAAGUCGCCGAUAAAAGUUACGCCGAAAAAAAAAUUCCGGUGUCCUGAGUGUACGAACACGGAAAUGUUAUCAGCAGACCUGGCGCACAUGGCUGAGCGCACGCAUUGCAUCAAUCGUUUCACGAGGAUUUAUGGUACCAUGCCACUGAAAUCUGUUGAAUUUCGAGCAGAUCCGGUUUUAUUUAAAGACGUUUUUCCGGAAAAGUUGAAGCGUUUCAAUGCUAUCAAGAGUUUGUAGAUUUAGUUGAUGAUACUGGAGUUAUUCGAGGAUUAAUAAUUUUUUUCAAAACGAUAAAUUAUAAAAAAAAAUAUUUUAAAAAAUUGCACUUGUAGUUUUUUAAAUUUUCUACAUGUGCAUAUUUUUAGUUUUUUUUUUUUUUUUGUAAUUGAAUUGUUGAAAAAAAAAUCCGAAAGUUGCUAAUUGUCUGUUAGCUUCAGGAUUAUGAGUGUAAAUGUAGCAGACAUCAGACAAAUUUAAAAUUAUUAAUUAAUAGACUAAAUAAUUAAUAAAAUAAAAUUUUUAAAAUUGAAAAAUUAAUAAGUGCAUUUUU